UUUAAUGUCACACACUCACUUUAGCCUUUAGCUUGACGGCUAGUUGCCGGGUCAUCAACAUGACGCCCAUAUGGUGUUAUUAAGUAGAAGAUAAGGAAUAUAAAGGACCGAAUGGGAUAAACAGCAGGUGUUUACCUGGAGCCACAUGAACCAAGAUGCCUCAAAACAUCCUGAAAAGCACUCAUUACAUUGAGCUGGGCAGCUAUCAGUACUGGCCAGUGCUUGUGCCGAGAGGAAUCCGCUUGUACACCUAUGAACAGAUUCCCAUGUUUCUGAAGGAGAAUCCGUACAUCACAGAUGGAUACAGAGCACACCUGCCAUCAAAACUUUGCCUCAAAAGCAUAUUCUUUCUGUCCAACGAGACGGUGAACAUCUGGAGUCAUCUGCUGGGCUUCCUGCUGUUCUUCUCUCUAGGAGUGAAUGACAUGGCCACAGUCCUGCCAUCUGCAGGGGCGUCACGAGAGGACUACGUCAUUUACUCAAUAGGACUCUUCUGUUUUCAGGUUUGUAUGCUGUGCUCUGUGGGCUACCACUUGUUCUGUUGCCAUCGCUCAGAGAAGACGUGUCGCCGCUGGCUUGCUCUGGAUUAUGCUGGAAUAUCAGUGGGGAUUUUGGGAUGUUAUGUGCCUGGAGUCUUCUACGCCUUCUACUGCAACAGUUUUUGGAGGCAGGUGUACCUGCUGACGGUGCUGGCUCUGAUCUUGGCUGUGUUUGCGGCUCAGAUUCACCCGCUCUACCUCAGCCAGCAGUGGAAGAAGCUGCGCUCGCUCAUGUUCUGCUCAGUGGCUGCAUACGGCAUCAUCCCAGCCUGCCACUGGGUCUGGAUCAAUGGCGGAUUCUCCUCAGAAAUCGUAAAGGUGUUUUUUCCACGAGUCAUGAUCAUGUAUUUGAUUGCAGCCUCGGCGUUCCUUUUUUACGUCAGUAAAAUCCCAGAAAGAUACUUCCCAGGGCAGCUGAACUAUGUUGGUGCCAGUCAUCAGCUGUGGCACGUGCUGGUGGUGGUCAUGUUCUACUGGUGGCACCAAACCGCUGUUUACAUCAUGAACUACAGACACAAUCAGCCCUGCGGCAGCACUUAAGCACGCUUAUCAGUCUUUCUGAGCCCUUUAGCUUCACCAUAUCCACUUGUUUGGCAUUAUUUUAAAGUCGCGCUAAUAGAAUCGAACCAAGUAACUUUACCUCUCAUCUGCCUUUGAACAUUGUACCGUAGGGUUACGUGCAAUUUUAAGCUGAUCUGCCUGAAACAUGUUUCAUAUACAGUGUUUUUGUCUGUUACUUUUUGUUUUUGACUUCUGUUAAGCCUUUUUUUCCAUUAUGGUAUCAAUGGGCUUGUGAAUCCAUCCAUGCUGUUAAUAUGUGGCCUCAUUUUAUUGGAUUGGCCAUCAUUUAAAUGACCUGAACUAUCACUCUUCUCUGACUGAUGAAUUGUGUGGAGGUUGAUACUGUGAUACUGUAAGCAAUAGGUCUCAAACUCAAUUCCUGGAGGGCCACAGCUCUGCACAGUUUUGUUCCAACCCUAAUCAGACACACCUGAUCCAACUAACCAUAGCGUUCAAGACUACUCCAGAACACCAUAGUUAAAUCAGCUGUGUUUGAUUAGGGUUGGAGCAAAACUGUGCAGAGCUUUGGCCCUCCAGGAAUUGAGUUUGAGGCUCAUGCUUUAAGCUGUUUUAUACUUGUUUAGUAAAGGGAGCCAUUUUGAUGUAUUGAACACAUUGAAUUGAUGUACGUACGCACUGGAAACUGGGAAUUUAAAUGACCAAGAAAGCAUUACUUCAGUACUUUAUGUGAACAAUGGGUGAAAAUCACUAUACUUGCACUUGUUGAUUAGGAGUUGAUUAUGAUUAUGUAUUAUGUAUUGAAGAACUGUUGACUGUUUCUCAAUCUCAUCCUUUUUUAAACUUUCUAUUGGUUGUUUGAUUUUCUUUCAUUUCAUAUUUUAAUCUUUUGGAAUGAAAUCAACCUUUUGAAUGGUGAAGCUGAAUUAAAAAAUACUUGUUUGUA